AUGUCUUCGAACCAUGCCAGUAUAGGGUCUAGGACUCUUGGGAAAAUGGUCAUCGACUGCGAGUUCUUAUUCAAGAAAUCUCUCUGGGGAGUCCUCGGUGACAAAGAGUAUCCUGCUGGAAUCAUAUAUCUCAACCUCAACUUUGGCCCACCGAAAGGAUGCAGGGUUAAAAGCGCAACUAUCACUAUCACUUUGGAUGAUACCGACCCUUCUGUUAGCCAUCUCAAAUAUGGGCGGAACUUACACAGGACUGGAUGUCCCGUUCAGAUUACAUCUUGGUAUGGCCCCAGAGAGCUUGGAGGACAGAUGAAGACAGUCGACACUCAAGCAACAAAAGAAUUUGUCCCUGAGAUAAACGUUCUGGGCAGUGGAGGGGGAGGAGUAGGCUUUAAGUCGAAAAAAUAUUUCCAGCAUCAAGCGCGUUGGUCCUUCAACGGCCAGCUACUGCCCGGCAAGGAUACGUGGGUCUACAAAACCCUGCGGUGGGAUCUGAGCGAGAACGAACUCGAGAGGCAGUCAUUCCGCAGCAACACAAUCCGGACAGCCUUCGCCUUUGAACACUCCGGGCAGCCAUUCUUUAUGAAGGUCGACAUAGAUGGCAAAUUGGAGGGUUGGAAUCAACAGGUACGGUCGAAGUUCAAAUUUGGCGCCAGCAAUACCAAAAGUUCCAGCAUUACAACACUUUUGGAUUUUGAGGAUUACACGCGCUAUAAGAAAAGCCUGGACACGCUGGCCCGAAGUCUUCCCCGGGAUAUGGAGAUGGCAAAUCUGGAAGAGAUUCCCGUCGAGGUACCAGACGUGAUA